GUAAAUUACACUAAUAGGGUGAGAUCGGGAACAAAGAUGGAGUUCGUUUGUGCUCAGUUCCCACGGAGAAACGCUUUCAUAAUUUGAUCAGUUUGUUUCUACUGAGUGGACAAGAUGGCAGCAUCUGCAAGUCCUGCCUCUGUCACAUCUCCACAGGAGGCUGGACCAGCAAACAUCAUCAAGAUGUUUACAACAUACACUAACAUUCUUACAGAAGCUUCUGUUCCUGAAGAUAAAAAAUUGAAGGCUGCACAAGAAAUCAGUGAAAACUUUGAGACAAUUGUCCAGUCUACAAGUUAUACAGCAUUCUUGGAGCAUUCAAUACCAAGAUUUGUACAGUAUCUUAGAGAUGGAGAGCCACAUUUUGUUACUGAAGUUCCUACACAGCAACUGAGAAAACUUUUACUUGAGAUUCUGCAUCGUAUACCUACCAAUGAACAUCUUAGACCUCAUUUCCAGUCCAUAUUGUCUUUGAUGUUUCAUCUACUGGAGAUUGAAAAUGAAGAGAAUGUAUUGGUGUGUUUGAGGAUCAUUAUUGAGCUCCACAAACAGUUCAGACCACCUUUACAAUCUGAGAUACAACACUUUCUACAGUUUGUGAAGACAAUUUACAAAGAUCUACCAACAAAUGUGAAACAAUUUUUUGAUGUAGUUCCUAUAUCAGCUACCGGCUUUUUACCAGAGGGGAAUGCUACAACUGCAACUACCACUACCACCCCUGGGAUCAACAGUGGAGCUACCUCCACCACCUCCCCCCUGAACAGUGGGGAUGCGGGGGGUGGUAAAAGUGGACAACAGACAUUAAUUCCAAAGGCAGUGAAUUCACUCAAAGUACUGGCUGAGUUACCCAUCAUUGUUGUGCUCAUGUACCAGUUAUACAAACAGAAUGUCCACAGUGUUGUCGCAGACUUCAUCCCAUUGAUCAUGAAUACCAUUAUUCUACAACCCUCUCUUACAGCAAGAAAAUCUCCCACGUUCAACAAGGAGGUGUAUGUUGAUUUUGUAGCAGCGCAGAUCAAAACACUGUCAUUUUUGGCAUACAUCAUCAGAAUUUAUCAAGAUAUGGUCAACACAUAUUCACAGAACAUGGUAGGAGGAAUGCUGGGUCUGCUGCGCUAUUGCCCACAGGAAGUUGCUCACCUCAGAAAAGAACUGCUGAUUGCUGCAAGACAUAUUCUGGCCACAGAUCUUCGAAAAAGGUUUGUACCUCACAUUGAUCAACUAUUUGAUGAGGAAGUCCUGAUUGGUAAAGGUUGGACCACGAAAGAGUCGUUACGUCCAUUGGCAUACAGUACCCUGGCUGAUUUGGUUCACCAUGUUCGUACUCACCUUCCCUUACCUCACCUGUCACUGGCAGUUCAUAUGUUCUCCAAGAAUGUACAUGAUGACUCACUCCCUGUCAGCAUUCAAACCAUGUCAUGCAAGCUUCUUUUGAACCUUGUGGAGGGUAUCAAGCAGAAAAGUGAUGAUCAAGGAACUGGACGUGAAAUUCUUAUGAGGAUGCUUGAAGUAUUUGUCAGAAAAUUCCAAUCAAUUGCUAAGCAUCACGUUCCAGCUAUCUUCAAGAGAUGCCCUCAAAUGAGUGAAGUCCAAGCACAGCAGCAGUCUUCAUCACAAUCAACGUCAGUUAUACCAUCUGUAACAACAAGCACAGCUGCUGAUCGCAGCUCAGUGUCCAGCAUAACUUCAACUUCCACUGCUUCAAGUUCCUCCUCAGCAGCAGUUGAAACCCAGUCUUCAGACAAACAGGAUCAAGAUGUGACAAAGAAAAUGGCUGGUGCUUCAGCUGUGGGUCCCAGUCCCCCAAAUGCCUUCUCUGUCCCUGACUGUCGCAGUAUGGUGAAGACUCUUGUGUGUGGAGUUAAGACAAUCACAUGGGGUGCAGGUUCCCGCAAGGUAAUGGGAGCUGCAAAUGAUAUCAAUGCUCCUGCAUCAGCUCAGGCCAAUAAAACAUUCCUUCCAUGGGAGACACAUCUAUUCACAAGACUUCUGAAAUAUGCCCUUCAGGCUUUAGAUAUUUAUCAAGUGUCUAUCAGUCCUAAUGGACAGUAUUAUCUCAGGCCUCCAAGUUCUCAGCAAGUGAGAAUGAAAGAAGAAAAGGAAAUCUUGGAACACUUUGCAGGAGUUUUUACUAUGAUGAACACAUCUACCUUCAAGGAGGUCUUCACUGCAAGUAUCAAGUAUCUGGUGGAGAGAAUACACACAAAUUAUGCUCUGCAGAUCAUCCCAAACUCCUUUCUGGCCAAUCCCAACACCUCAGCCACUUUUGCUACAAUCCUUGUACGGUUCCUCCUGGACAGACUGGAUGAAAUGGGAACAAACAUGGAGCGCUCUAACCUAUAUCUGAAGUUGUUCAAGUUGGUGUUUGGUUCAGUUUCUUUGUUUGCAUCUGAAAAUGAACAGAUGUUGAAGCCUCACUUGCAUGAGAUUGUGAACCGAUCCAUGCAACUUGCCUGCACCUCUAAGGAGCCAUACAAUUACUUCCUGUUGCUGAGAGCACUGUUCAGAUCCAUAGGAGGAGGAAGUCAUGACUUGCUGUAUCAGGAGUUUUUGCCUCUCUUACCAAAUCUUCUUCAAGGUUUGAACAACCUUCAGAGUGGAAUCCAUCGUCAAUACAUGAAAGAUCUGUUUGUGGAGCUGUGCCUCACAGUACCUGUCAGACUGAGCUCACUUCUUCCCUACCUACCCAUGCUCAUGGAUCCUUUGGUGUCUGCUCUGAAUGGGUCCCAGACCCUUGUCAGUCAGGGCCUGAGAACUUUGGAGCUGUGUGUUGACAAUCUUCAGCCAGAUUUUUUGUACGACCAUAUUCAGCCAGUGAGGGCUGAACUUUUUCAGGCUCUAUGGAAAACACUGCGAAAUCCACAUGACAGCAUUGCUCAUGUUGCCUUCAGGGUUUUGGGUAAAUUUGGUGGCGGCAAUCGGAGAAUGUUGAAGGAACCCCAAAAGCUAAAAUAUAACAACGCUGAAACAAAGGGGCCAUGUCUAUCAAUAUUUUACCCAGAAAAUACCAAUCCUGUUUCACUUCCCGUGACAGCUGUAAUCGAAAGAGCGUUAACAGUACUCAAGACCCUUCCUCCCAACAUGGCGGCGCUUCCUCAGCAGUCACCAAUGCAGAUUGAUCACACUGUAUUCUACAGGAAGCAGGCUUGGUUGGUUGUACAGUCUUUUCUUAUUGCCAUAAUGUCUCUUGAAGACACUGAAGCGAUAUUUCAACAAGUCUUGCAACACAAGAGCUUUAGAACUGAAAAACCUCCCAUUUGUAACAAGACAGCUGUACCACCCUGUCCGGAUGAACCAUCGAAGAAAGUGUUUGAGCAAGCUAUCACUGGUGCAUUGUUAUCUGGAACAAUAAAAGAAUUAAAGUCAGAGGCAGUUCCUUUUGUGUCGCAAAUUGUGCGACAUUACACCAUUGUGGGUGUGGUCCAACAAGCCGGACCGUGUCCGAUCAAGACUCAGGCAAGGAAUCGCCGAGGAAUUGACGUACAUGCCAUGGUUGAUGCUGUAGCAGCUGUAAUGUCGAUGGAGGAUAAGGAAUUUUACAAAGUGGGUGAAUUGGCUGUGGCUGUCUUGAUUGAAACUGCAAGCGCAAUAACAGGAGAUCCAUACAAGGCUGCAAGGCUACCUUUGUUUGAAUACCUUUCUGAAAAACUAUGUGGAUGUUGUUACGAGAGGGCGUGGUUUGCAAAGAAUGGAGGUUGCACGGCCAUCAACUUCCUAAUGCAGAAAAUGCCUGUUCAAUGGAUCAUUGAGCAUCAACUGAACUUCAUUAACGCAUUGUGUUUUGUAAUGAUGGACCUCACAAACGAGGCCCAACAUUCUGUUUCUGUGCUUGCCGAGAUUUACAAAACAACCGUUCACAAUAUCAUGCUUCCCCACAAAGGAAUUCUGGAAGACAUGAUUCCACCAAAGAAACAUCUUCUGCGUCACCAGCCAGUCAACACUCAGAUUGCAUUAAUGGAUGGUAACACGUUUUGUACGACGCUGAAUCCUCGUUUGUUCACCAUGGACUUAAGCAUUAUAGAACAUAAGAUAUUCUUUCAAGAGCUUCUUUCUCUGUGUGAAGCAGAUGACACGCAACUUUCCAAACUGCCUUGUUAUAAGGCAGUCCAGUCCCUGACUCCUCUUAGGAAAAGUGCUCUGAAUGCCCUAACCGCUUGCCAUUACAUCGUUCAAGCGAAGGAUAAAAUCUUCACUGUGUUGUACAAGGCGUUGAACUCUCCUGUGACAGAAAUACAAGAAGCUGCUAAGGAUUCUAUGAAGAAGUUCAUGGCAGGAACUCAAGUAGACAUGGAGCAGGUCCAUAUGAGCAUAAGACCUCUGUUACUCAAGUUAGGAGACUACAGGAGUUUAAACUUACAGCUUAUACAGCGAUUAUCUCAUUUGAUGGAGCUCUUUCCAGCCAGUUUUAACGAGAAACUCUGUGAGCAGCUUUUGUCUCACUUAAGAAAGUGGAUUGAUGUCGUCACAACUGGUACUACGCAGGCGCAGCAAGCGGCUGGAAAAACAAACCACACUCCUGAAGAUUUUGCUCAAGAAUUGAAAAUCUGUGCUUCGAUAAUCAACAUGUUUUACUUAAUUCCUGCUGCGUCAUCGAAGCUGAUUGAACAUCUCGUUACCUUGGUUCUGAAGGCAGAAAAAGCUCUUCUGAUGGAGAUUGGAAGCCCGUUGAGAAAGCCACUAUUGAAGUUCUUGGUUCGCUAUCCUAUCCAGACCGUGGAUUAUUUCUUGUUGCAACUUGCAGGAUCCCAAAUGAAUCGUCUGUUGAUGGAUGGAACACCAAUUCAUCGCUGGAGAGAACCAAAGCUGUUAGCAAAAUGUUUAUUGAACUACAUCAAGCAUAAACCAUCGGAGGUGGAAUUACUCUUCCAGUUACUUCGUGUGUUCACCAUUCGUCAUGUUCCUGACUUCCAUUUUCUGAGAAAAUUUCUAGAUGAAACGGUGGCCAAGGGUUACACGGUGGAACAAAAGAGAAUUGUUUUCUUCAAAUUUGUGGAACUGUUUCAUGAUCAGAAUUUUCCUCAGGAACUUAAAGCCAAGGCCUUGCAGUAUGUGUUGAUUCCCAUGUUUCAAGUGUCGUUUGAGCGGGGGGAGGGUGACGGUCUGAUAGGUGGACCCCCCAGCCCUGAACAGGACAGCAAUGAAAAUGUUAUCAGCGUGUUUGUGUGUAAAGUUGUGGAUCCUGAUAAUCCCUUUGGAACAUCUGAUGCAGUUCGUAUUUUGUUGCUACAGUUCUCAGCGUUGCUGGUAGAGCACGCCUCACAACACAUACAUGACGCUGCAAACAAGCGGCAAGGUAUUAAAUUACGUCGUUUGAUGACAUUUGCUUGGCCCUGUCUUUUGCCAAAACAGUGUGUGGAUCCAUCCACAAAGUACCAUGGUCAUUUGCUACUGGCCCACAUCAUUGCCAAGUUUGCUAUCCACAAGAGAAUCGUCUUACAGGUUUUUCACAGCUUAUUGAAAGCUCAUGCAGUCGAGGCUCGCGGUGUUGUGAGACAGGCUUUGGACAUUUUGACGCCUGCCAUGCCAGCAAGAAUGGAAGAUGGAAACGCGAUGCUGACUCACUGGACGAAGAAAAUUAUCGUGGAAGAAGGUCACACUGUGGCCCAGUUGGUUCACAUGCUGACAUUAUUGGUUCGUCAUUAUCGGGUGUACUAUCCUGUAAGAAUCCAUCUGAUUCAACACAUGGUUAGCGCUAUGCAGAGGCUAGGAUUUACCACCAGUGCGUCUAUUGAACAUCGUAAACUUGCUGUGGAUCUGGCAGAAGUGAUCUUAAAAUGGGAAUUGCAACGAAUUAAAGAUGACCAGGAACAAACGACAACUUCAGAGGUGAAUGAACCAUCGACUACUAUGGGAUCCCCUGGUGAAACUCUUUCCCGCCGAUGUGUAGUCCUCCUGAAAACUGCAUUGAAACCAGAUGUGUGGCCAGGUACUGAUCUGCGGGUUGGAUGGCUGGACAAAAUCUUAGUUACUGUGGAUCAAACGCCAGCCGCCAAUUAUGCUAACGUGUGCACAGCUAUUGAGAUAUUGACUUAUCUACUGUCAGUCUUGCCGCAGCAAACCAUCCUGACUCUGUUUAAACCUCUUCAAAGAGGAAUUGCUACCUGUAUGACUUGCCAGAACACAAAGGUUAUACGUGCCAUUCACACUCUACUCGCCAGAUUGAUGACGUUGUUUCCCUUGGAAUCAAGUGCAGCAACUUCAAAAUAUGAUGAAUUAGAAACCUUGUACGGAAACGUCGGCAAAGUAAUAUUUGACGGCCUCACAAACUACGAGAGGUCGGCCAAUGGAGCAACAUCUAUUUUCUACGGACCUUUGAUGAUGUUGAAAGCAGCUUGUAUGAACAAUCCUUCAUACAUUGAUCGUUUGAUGACUCAGUUUUUCAAAGCAUUGCAGCGAAUGCACAAGGAUCAUAUUAAUGCUGUGCUCGGAGAAAGCACAGGUGCAAGUGAUAUGUUGAUUCUGUGUCUGGAGUUGAUCCGUGGCCGACUUGGAGUUAUGAGCGCCGAGAUUAGAAAACUGUUCUUUAUCAUUCUCACGACACUGAUUGAAAAAUCACCCGAUUCAAAACUUCUUCGCGCCAUCACGAAGUUUGUAGAAGACUGGAUAAAGACCAAAAUGACGCAAAUGACGAUUCAGCGGUUGCCCACUCUAAGAGAGAAGUCCUUGCUACUGGUGCGUAUGAUGGCCAAUUACGAGAAGAGAUUCCCUGAGGAUUUUGAACUCCAAGCGCAGUUUUUAGAGCUUGUUAAUUACGUCUAUAGAGAUGAGACUUUAGUUAGCACCGAACUGGCUUCAAAACUUGAGCCUGCAUUCCUGUCAGGAUUGCGGUGUAUCCAACCACAGAUCCGGUCAAGAUUUAUGGAGGUUUUUGAUAAAACCAUGAAGAAGAAGCUGUAUGAUCGACUGCUUUAUGUCUUCUGUUCUCAGAACUGGGAAGCAAUGGGUCAUCACUUCUGGAUUAAACAAUGUAUCGAGCUUCUCCUAGCUGUGUCUGCAUGCGAGAGGCCUGUAACACCCUCCAGUACAUUCAGCAUGCUUCCUUCGGUGACAUCGUUCCUUCGGUCUGCCGACAACCAAUCAGGUAAAGAAAUUCUUGCACAUGCUCAGCGACAGAAGACCGCUAUCCCUGAGGAUAGUAAAGAAGAAAAAAUGGAAACAGACAGCAGCGCUGCUUCAGAAAUCAAGAAGGAGAAACAUGACUCUCGUUAUCUCUUUGAGAUCGAUGAUUCCGAGCAACUACUCAGCGCUUUGGACAAAGGUUCUCCCGUCAGUCGAACAAAGGAGAGAGACGCUGUCAAGUUACUGGCUGAAAAACACGGAAAAUUCAUGGACAAGCUGCGUGAGGUCAAGACCGCAUCGUUCCUGGGACCCAUGGCUCAGUUGUGCCACAAGUACUCCAACCUGGCACAUACUGUGUGGUGUGAAGAAUAUUCCAAUCAUCAGAUAACACAUCAACAACAACAAGUCAUUGAUUUUUCGCCGUUUGAAGAAGACCCGUCAGAGAUUAACCAACAUGAAACUCUUGACGCUUUAGCGGAGAUGUACUCAUUACUAAAUGAAGAAGACAUGUGGGCUGGUCUGUGGCAGCAGCGCUGUCGGUAUCCUGAGACAGCCACUGCUAUCGCGUAUGAGACCCAGGGCUUCUAUGAACAGGCACAGUCUGCUUACGAAGUG